UUCCGAUUAAGUACCUACUCGAGUUUUGACUUUCGACUACAAAAGAUUCUUCAAUAACAUUUUCUAAAAUUUGUACAAAUAAAAUGCUGUUGAUACAUAUUGUUACAAUUUCUUGAUGUCUCCUUUGCAAAUUAAAUUAGUGCGAUACUAUCUUGAUACUAUCGAGAGCGCAACAUAAAUAGCAUAAAAUAUAUUUGUUUAAUUGAGUUUAAGUAAAUUAAUAACAGACACACAUGAAAUUAAAUUCAUAACAAGGUUGCUACUUUUGAUAACUUUCUUUGUUUUAAUUAAUUCUUUCAGAGUAUUAAUUCGCUUUGAUUUAUUUUGUGUGUAGUGUAUGAAAAUUUGUUAAACCAAAGGUUGUAAACAAUUAUUUAUAUUAUGCGGCUAUGAAGUGACAUUUCAAAUUGUAUUACCUUCGGUGAAUGCAAUGGAAGUUUCUAAUGAAAUAAAAGAAGAUAUUCGGAAAACACAAACUGAUUUAAAAAAUGCUAUACGGGUGCAUCAGAUUUGGGUUGCACGCCUCCAAGAAGAUGAAAGCAAUAUACAUCUGAAAAAUAAAGUUAGUGAAGCUGAAAAAGAAAUUGUUGCCAUUGGACGUGCUCAAAAAUUGGUGGUUGAUAGACUGAGGAAAGAGUUGGAAUUGUAUCAACAACGCUUAAGAGCUAAAAAUAAGCAAGUCAGUAUUGAAAAUGACAAUCACUAUAUUGCUCAACAAUUAAGAGACCAUGAAUUACAAUAUCGCAAUAGGAAUCGUCCCACAUCACUACUAAAACCUUCAGUGUUAAACGAAAUCCAAAUAAAAACCGAGAAUUUAACAGAUGAUGUGAAUAAUGAGUCUGAUAUAGAAAAUGAUAUUAUACCACAUGAAAAAGAAACAAAUAAUGAAAAUGAGAGACACAAAGAGAGUUUUGUAAGAAAUUUUCCUCGAUUGGAAAAUUUAAUACACAACGACAGGAGUAACUUUGAAAAUGCUCUCAACAAGGUCAAGGAAGUAUUUUUGGGAACAAAGUUUGAUGACAAUGAUUGGCCAGAUAGAUCGGAUUCAGAUUCUUCGCCAAAUACAGAGAUAUCACCGGCUCCAUCACCACCCCUUCUGCCUGAACCGGGAGAGCCAAUAUCCAAAGAAGGUUUCAUGAGACUUAUUGGAUUGGUAACACCAAUCCAAAAAGAAAUAAUGGAGAAAAAAAUAAACGAAAAUCGCAAAAGGGCUGCUGGCACAAAUAGAAAUGAAUUUGUUUAUGGCAAUUAUGAAAUGGUUCCUAAACGGAAGAAGUUAAACCAAUACCCAUAUCUACAGAAUCACAGUGAUCCACCACAAACGCGAUCAGCCAAACUUCGCAAGCAGAAUCAGAAUAAGUCAUCUCGUGAAGGAUCUCCAUCAGGGUCAUCAACAGAUAAUAAAGGUUGGGGAAACAAACCAGCCUGGAUGGCAACUCUACCAGCUGGUCUGUCAGUGGAGCCAGUUUAUUCACCAACUAAAAAAGUUUGUCACGGCUGCGGAAGAAAUGACGUGCCUUCGCUUCUGGUGCCGUGCGCGGAAUGCGCGGUGUGGCAGCACACGGGCUGCGGCGCGGAGGGGCGCUGCGCCGCGUGCCGCGCGCCGCUGCCCGAGCCCGCGUGCGCCGCCGCGCCCGCACGGAACGCGCACCUGUACACUGAUAAGUUAGCGGAACGCAAACGACUACAAGAGAAAAACAUUGAACUGUGCGUUGAGCUACGGAAGCUGGAAGCGCGAGCGGCAACUUUGAAAGAGAAUCUCGACGAACACAAUGCUGAGAAGCGGCAACUGUUGGCGGACCAAAUAAAAACACAAAGAAACCUCCAGAAGCUUCUAGACUUUAUCAGCCAGUUUAAGGAAACCUCCAUCAGUGUUCAUUCAACGAGCGCCAGCGAAUCUGGGAGUGAAGUUAGUAAAAGCAAUGAGGAAUGACUUUUAGGUAAUAAAGUUAGCCAGUAUACUUAAAAUUUAAGAUGUGUUAAAUGUUGUUGAUUUGUCAUUGUCUUGUUAUGGAGUGUAGCAGUUUAUAAUUUAUUAUACUUAUACUUAUUUUGAUAAACCAAUUUGUAUUAAACAUAGUUGAUUUUAUUGUAACAUAUCGUCUCGAAUAUUGAUUUUUAUAGUUCUUGGGAUUGUGAUUAUAAUAUAAUGUUGUUUUGGUUAAAUCAAAUGAUAGGAUAUUCUCAAAUGAUAUUAUAGAAAAAUUCAAAAGGGUAUACAAAUGUCCAAUUUCUUAAGAAUGGCUUUAUUUUUAGUUAAUCAAAUUAUUCCAUAAAUCCAAUACAGAAUGUUAUUUUUGGAUCAAAUUUAAGGGUAGAAUACAUUAUAAACCAAAAUUAAAUAAGUAUAAAAAAGUGUUCAAGUAACUCUUAACUAAUUAGAAAUAAGUAUUAUUAUUGUAUAUCUGUGUAGACUUCUGUGUAGUACAAAAUGUGAAUGAUUUGGUAAUUAAUGAAUGUAAUUAAUUCUCUGUGAUAUGAUUAAGUUUUCCUUUAAUGUUACUUUUUGUGAAUCCAGGGUUUUACGUCAAUAAAACGUAUACGUUGGUA